CCUUUCAGUAGACCCCGCAUAACCUACGACAGAACCUCUCGAAGACCUCCAGCGACACUCAGGUGUGUGGGACCUCAACACAGAAAGAAAUGGAUUGCGUACGAGUUACAUCUAGAGAGAGAGUUUCUUGAAUGGUGGAAUGGAACGGAGUACGGCCAAAAGCUGAACGGAGAUGGCCAAUCCCGAAUUAAAUGGUCCACCGAAUCGCGUCACGCUGAGGUGUGGAAACACUUUGACCAAGUGGCUGAUAUUGAUUCUGGACGUCCUCGAGUCAUCUGCCAGGCUUGCCUUACUGUGCUUGAUCAUCCACAAUAUAAAGGAAAUGGGACAAGCGCUAUGAGUCGACACAAAAAGUCCAAUACCUGUCGCAAAGGGAAGAAAAAGGGAUUUCAUCAGUCACUGAUUUCGGAUUCGUUGCAGAAUCAUUUCACGAGGGAACCACCCAAUGUCCACAGGGUGACAGCAAUCCAGAUUGAGGAGCAGUUAUUGAAGACAAUUACCUGUCUCCGUUUGCCAUUUCAGACAGUGGAGAAUCCGGUGUUUCAGAGGCUGCUUAGCCUUUUAUAUUCUGGUCCCGGGGAAUUAGAACUCCCGUUAGCCAAAACCCUGCGAAGACGGCUCCGGGAUGCAGUUACCCAUCAGCAGGACUUACAGUUACAAGAUCUGCCUGACGAUGCUAAGGUUUCCCUCGCUUUGGAUUGUUGGACUAGUCCGUUCCAGCAGGCAUUUAUGGCCAUCACGGUUUAUUUCAUUGAUAAAGAUUGGAACUAUAGGGAAAUGCUCCUUGGAUUUGAGCCGCUGCACGGUCCUCACACAGGAAAUAACCUAAGUGAUGUGUUGCACCAGCUACUGGAGGAACGCAAGCUCCUGGAUCGUAUUUUUAGCGUUACUACAGAUAACGCUACCAACAACGACACCAUGAUACGAGCUUUGCAAGAAAGACUGAUCUCCACCGGCGCAAUUAGCUCCAGAGAAUCAAUAGUCCGGGUUCCCUGUAUGGCUCAUGUGAUCCAGCUUUGCUUGAAACAGCUCUUGGGUCAUAUUAGGGCAGCCCCUAAGAACAAAGAAGUAAGAACCUUUUGGUCCGACACUCAAGCAAAUGGGUUGAAAGAUUCGGCCAACCAGGGAGACGUGGCUCAUACUCUGACAAAGAUUCGAUCCUUUGCGGUCUUUGUCAACGCAAGCCCACAACGACGAGAUGCUUUCCUAUGCCUCCAAUCAGGUGGUGCCCGGCUGUUUCCGUUACAUGACGUUCAGAUACGCUGGAAUUCAACAUUUUUGAUGCUUCGCCGAGCACGUCGGCUAAGAAGUGUAAUCGAUAAAUAUUGCCGCGAUCAUGAAUACUCGCAGUUCAAGGUUACUGAUGUUGAAUGGAGGCAAAUUGACUACCUGGUUCAUUUGACCAAACCGUUCUUUCAGUUCACUAUGGCUCUGAUGAAGACCAGAGAUGUUACAAUCCAUAGUGUGUUCCUUGUGUACAGAAAACUACUCGAGCAUAUUGAACGGUCAAAUCGAAAACUGAAGAGAAAAGCAACACCCUGGAAAAAAGACAUGUACGGCGCGUUGCUUGUUGCGAGGCAGAAGUUGAGAGAGUAUUAUGAAAAGACUUACCGCGAUUACGGUUUUCUCUAUGGCACCGGAACGUUACUCGCUCCUCAGUAUAAGUUGAGUGCUUUCGAUGAUAGAGAGUACUCCACUUGCCACGAAGAUACGUCAAAAAGGUACUGUGAAUAUUUGAGAGCAUCUUUCACACAAUAUCAGCAGCAGAACCCUGAGUUGCUAUUCCGUACGGUGCAACGGUCUUCUACUUCGCAUAGCACGGAGCUUGAUCGGCUUCUUGAGCCACCUGAUGCAAAUAUGUUCCACGAAGGGGUAGAAUAUGACGAAGUGGAUCAGUAUCUUAGAGAAGCGAAUGUCCCCGUAUCGCCGCGACUUUAUUGGAAAGAGCACGAGCGCGAGUUCCCAGUGCUCUCUCGGCUUGCACGAGAUUUGCUUUCAGUCCCGGCCACCGGUGCGGGUGUAGAAAGGCUUUUCAAUAGUGCACGAGAUAUUUGUCAUUAUCGUCGAGGAUCUCUUCAUGAGGGGACCAUUCAGGAUUUGAUGAUGUACAUGUGCUCAGAAAAGCUCACUCUAGAGGGGCAGCAAUUGAUCUGUUUGGAGAAACCGUUGGAGAGCGACAGUCAGGAGGCAGUCGAAGAGGAUGAAGCGUUGAGAGCAAUUGAGGAGGAUGCAGCGCCGAUCAGCGAGGAUGAGGAAAUUGAAGAGAGCGAGAAUUUGGAGGGUAUUUUUGAGUCGGAGGAGCUAUGUCAAGUGGAGUGUACGCUGGUAGAGACUGACCGGACCUCUAUACACAGCCAGACUCCUGACCUUGAACAAGAGGAAGAGAGUAUGGAGGAGGACGAUGAGUCAGAUUUACUUCCACCUCAAAUUACGCAAUUGAGUGGUGACAGGGGCCAGAAGAGAUCUUCUGGUCGGGUAACAAUGCCCUCGAGCAGACUGCGAGGUUAUGAACUAUACUAG